CUUGGUUUCAUGCUGUUGCUGUGAUACGCAGGGAGUGUUCACGAGUGGUUGGAAGAAUAAACUCAUUGAGUCAUUCCCUGUGGUGUUGAAAUAUCCAACAUGAGCUACUGGCGGCUGACGGUGGGAGUACUCUUGGUGAUAUCUGCUGCUGCAAGAGGAAACCGUAUUUUGUCGGUGACCAAGUUCCAGUCCGAAACAUGCACGACUGACGGCAUCAUCUGUAUAACAUGUAAAACCGUGGCCCGAUGCAUAGAGUUGAACAACUCGUGGCAACCGGUUCCGGUAGAGGAAUGUGACGCCGAUGCCGGAUAUUUUUGCAACGUUAACGAGGGCGGCUGCUCUCAACGGAUUGGGGCAUGCAAUCCGGCUGGCCAGGAAGGAAACUUCGUGUGUAAUACCAUGGGUGUAUUCCCCGAUCCGUUCGAAUGUGAGAAAUAUCAUUUUUGCUAUCAGAAUGGUCAGAACCUGGUGUCUAUUAACAUGGCAUGCGAAAACACGGCCUUUUCCCCUACGACAGGAGACUGUUCGUUACCAUUGAAUGAUACGACUUGCACAAUUCCUCAAUGGAAUUGCUCCCAAGCAGGUGAGAUGAACGCUUGGCCAGGAAAUAAUAACAUUUAUUAUCUUUGUAUGGCCGACAAUAGGAACGGCAUUCGUGUCCUAUAUCCCGAACUUUACCGGUGUAGCGCCAACCGAGUGUUCAAUGGCACUCGCUGUGUAGAUAGGCAAACAGUUCCAUCACAAACGUAUCGAUGUGACUCCCCCGGUCUGUAUGAAGAUGUCACUGACUGCCGAUAUUAUUAUUUCUGCGAUGCCAACCUGGUAGCACAACAUAUUCAGUGUCCGUCUGGGAGCUAUUUCGAUACACGGACAUCUUCAUGUGUAUUGGGCACUUGCUGAACGUACGACAUGUUAUGCUUUCGGAAUGUUUCAACCACAGUCAUCUCAUUUUGUACGCCUUCCGUUCUGUUAUGUAAUAAAUAUUCAUAGAUAGUUAGAAGUGGAACAUUCAA